CGUUUUGGGAACAGUCCUUUGACAUGUCUCACAAGUUUUUCUCCGGAAAGCUGCAUCAACAACGUGAGGAUUUAGAGCUGCGUGUUGUCCACAGCAGCUUCGCAUCCGAGAAGACCUAGUCGGACAAGUUUUCCAGAUAAUCGACUCGUAAACCGGAACUUUUCAGACUUUAUUUCUGGAACGAUUCAUUUUUUUCUUCUACGAAAUGUUUUACGAGAUUUUCGUAACGUGGUUACGCUGAUAUAAUAAUGACGUAUAAUCUUCAGUGAUCAGGUGCAGCCGAUUGCUUGUCGGAGGUAGCCAUCUACUAAUCUACGGAAAAGGUGAAAAUCCUUCAGAUCAGCGUCGUCGUUUCUUAGUGCGAUAGGCAACAUGUGGCUUUAGUGAGCAUCGCAAAAUGAACGGCAGCACGGUCAACCUUACAGGAAACUCCACGGGGUUCGAGACUUUCUGGCCGUGUUUCCUCUGGCACCUGGAAAACAAGACCGAGUACGACCUGGCCGUGGCUGCGUGCUCUCAUCUCCCCAACUAUUCCCUGGACGAGAACAAGAAAGUCGGGAUCGCCUCCGCCGCUGUCGGGACAGUCGCUCUCCUCAUGAACGUCGUGGUUUUGUUCGGAGUGCUGAAAAACCAUCAACUGUCGAAACCCAUGUACCUGUUCGUGGCAAACCUGGCUGUAGCGGACUGCGUGGCCGGUUUGUUCUCGUUCUUCUUCUGUGCCAGUUUUCAGUUGGAAUUGCUUCCACCGUGGACAGUGAUGGGUAUAUACUGUAUCUUCUUUUUAGUGUUGGUUUCAUCAGCAGUUGGCGUGGCUCUCCUGUCCGUGGACCGUUAUCUGGCCAUCCUCCACCCGAUAUUCUACCAGACCCGCAUGUCUGCGCGACACGUUGCUGUGAGUUUGGGGAUCGCGUGGCCAGCUUGUGUGCUUGCCUGCCUGUCUCCUCUCAUGGGCUGCAUAGAUACGAACACAGAGACUUGCUUAAUCUUCAUGCCCGUAAGUUACGCGAUUCUGAUCAACACUAUCUUGUUGACGGCCGUUGUAAUCGUGGUCUUCGUCAACGUCAGAAUCUUCAUCGAACUGAAGAAGCGGCUCUCCAGGGUGGGACCCACCGGGAACCCUCAAGACGAUCUGCCGGCGAGGGAACAGCGAGUCGCGGCCUCACAGUACCAGCAGAUCCAAAACACUUGGAAGAUGCAGGUAACAGUUUUCAUCCUUGCCGCGGUGUUCAUCAUCUUCUGGCUGCCGAUUUGUAUCGGGAGUGUGCGGCACCUUUCGUGCCUCGCAAGAGAAGGCUGUGAGGUAGAGGCAAGGCCGUACUGGGGGUUCCUGAUCGCGCUCUGUAAUUCGGCGAUCAACCCGGUCAUCUACGCGCUCAGGAUCAAGAAGAUUCGGGAAGCCGUGCAUCGCAGGGCGCGACGACUCGCCAACGCGGUACGGGAAAAGUUGGGGUGGUCAUCGAAUUACGUAGUGAACAUUCAAUUUCUUGCAGGUGCAGGGAAAAUGGACGCUGUUGCUGGACCGAGUACGGACAAUCGGACUGACCAGCCGCCUAAAUGUAGUCAGUCGAAGACCUAGCCAUCUAGACGUGGUCUUUGUAGCCUCACCUGCGUACGUCGGUGAAGAUUCCUACUUUAGAUAUCGCAAGAAGUAGGGAAAAAGACUACUGAGCAAGUGUGUCAUGUCUCAGACAUUUAAGUGGACAAAAGUAUCAAGAUGUGGGUAGAUGUGUAUCUGCAUAAAUUAUAUUCAUAUCCGCAAUUUUUAUUCAUUUGAAAAGUAUUCUUUCUAGUGUCUGCCAAAUAGUACAGUAAUAGUAAUCAAAUGAAAAUUGAUUAUGGGGACAAUUCAUAUGAAUUUGAAAGAUGAUUAUUUACUGGUGGAUAGAUUUGGAUACAAAAUACCUGAUAUGAACUGUUGGAUACAGAAAGACCAUUGUUCACUAGAUAUAAAUCUUCAAGGUCAAAAAAAUCUUCAAGGUCAGAAGGGUUGAAGAGAACAUACCGUUUGGCGAAUCCUUGUAAACCUUGCCCAAACAGCCCAUAAGCAUCAGGUUGGCGCAUGCGCAGAACAUGAGGAUUGUAGGCACUAGAAAUCCAAUCCAGAAAGCGACGUCCUGCUCGACGUAAGAAAGGACAGCGAUGGAGAAAAACGUACCGACGUUCAGAAACCAGAAAUACCUGUCAGAAAAU